GUUUUGGCUGGAAAAGGAAGAGUUUCAGUGUAUGCGGUGAACAAAUUGUCAGCCCAUGUCUCACGGAUAUUGAUGUUUGUCACGUGUGGCUGGGUGCAUUGAUGUUUGUCACGUGUGUGGCAGUGGUUCCCAAACUGUGGGGCUCCCCCCCUCCGGGGUGACGUGGAGCAGUGGGGCAGUGGGUGCUCAUUCCACGUAAGAGUUAGAUUUGUAAUAAAUCCCUAUUUGUCCUCCCGUAUACUCAUCCAGCCCACUUUAAAGAACAAUUAGGGUGAGGUUAAUAGUAAAUUGUUCUGGACAUUCUGAAUAAAUCAACAUUUCCCCUACAUCUGUAAAUUUAUGAGCUAUGUUGGCGAUGACCAAAGAUUGGACCUGAAAGGAGGGUUUGAGCCUGACAAACACUGAAUAACACCUGAAUAACAAGUACCUGAAUAACAAGUACCUACCUGUAUGGCCUCCAUGCGUUCUCCAUCCAUUUCCCUAUAUUUUGCGCAUUGCAAUCAUGACUGAGGCUUUUGGACUAACUGUAUUUUCUAGGUCUGUACCUUUAUAUAACAACUGUGCAUUGCAGAAAAGGAAAUAUGUUGACAAUUAAAGGAGUAAUAAAAUAUAAGGCAAAACUCUCUCUAUAAGAUACACAGCUGUCUCUCAGUCUCUCCCUCUCUCUCUCUCUCUCUCUCUAUAAUAUAAACAGCUAUCACUCAGUCUGUGCCAAUACCCAGCAAUUACCCAUUGGCCCCAGACACAUGGAGUUGAGGUGAGAGAUGACCCCUCCUGAGCCUUGACUAAUCAGCUUAAUGAGGGGAGGGGGCUAACGACAGGAGGCAGAAAGAAUCAGCAGAAGGUCAUAGUGAGAGGGGGAGAGCCACAAGGAGAGGAGCUGAUCAUCUUUAUAAGCAAGGAAUGAAGGUUUGCCCAUUGACACAAUUAUUGAGCCCGUGGAACUUCUACCUGUCUGGACGAGGGACAGUAAAGUUGGAGUGAACUUAAAAGAUCCAGAAACUGGGAAAAGCAGAAGUGGAGGAAUGAAGAAAUAUGGGAAGAGGUAGAAAUUGAGGAGAGAUGAAGAUUUGUGUAAUUAAAGCAUAAGAAAGAAGAAAAUUGUUUAAAAAGAAACAGAAGCAUGUGAGCAUAAAAGCAAGAGAAUGGUAAAAAAAGAGAUUAGAGAGAGAACAGGAGUAAGUCUGAGAGAGGAAAAAAAGCAGAUUAAAGAUCAGGAUUAGGUGUCUUGCCUGAGCGCUCUAUCCCCUCUGUCAUGGGCAGAGUCUCAGGAUCUCACUAAGAAGCGGCUAUAUUCCACUGGGACCUUUAGGAAGAAGCACCACUUCAAAAACAAGUACAGCCCUGAUGGAACUGGAGACACGCUGACUUCAUUGGUUUCUAAUCAUUCAAGCCAUGAUCUCUAUCCACUAUUAAGCUCUGGAGUUUUAUCGAUGUCAUGGAUCAGUUGACCUCCUUACUUUUCCUCUCUAACCACCCCAGGUGGACGUCAUCGUGUUCUUACUUGCUCUAUUGCAUAUUUGUCCUUCUUUUACCAAAGAUAGCUUGGACAGCCACCUUCCGAAUUGGACUUGUUGGUCCCUGGACAUGUGAUCCAUUGUUGGCCAAAGCUCUUCCUAAAGUGGCAGCUCAGCUGGCAAUUUCUGACCUCAACAAAGAUCCUUCCCUAUCCUCUGGACUCUGGUUUGAUUACUUAUUAUUGACUCAAAGAUGUUCUACACCCCUUGCACUAGCUGCCUUCAGUCAUAUGGAAAAUUCCGCAACUGCCUUUGUUGGCCCAGCCAACCCUGGAUAUUGCUCAUCUGCAAGCCUGCUUGCAAAAGGCUGGAAUAAACCAAUGGUUUCCUGGUUAUGCACUGGAGUCCUGAGCCCACUACCUUAUCCUGUAGAUGUUCUGUAUGCUGUGUUUAAAUUCUUCCACUGGGCUGGCGUAGCUAUAGUCACUGGCCCUCAGGAUCUUUGGAUUGGGACUGGCAUGGAACUUGCUACUGCACUCCGACGCUGGGGUAUUCCAGUGGGACCUGUAAUCAUCAUGGAAGAGGGAGCAGAAGGGCCAAAGGAAGCUCUGAAAAGAAUCAAACGGAGACAAAGAGUGAAAGUUGUGGUUAUGUGCAUGCAUUCGGUUUUAAUCGGUGGUGAGGACCAGCGCCGUCUACUGGAAGAGGCCCAUGACAUGAGACUGACAGAUGGCUCAGUGGUCUUUAUCCCUUAUGAUACCCUGCAGUUUAGUCUUCCAUACAAUCACUUGUUCCCUGUAUUCACUAACAACACCAAGCUCCGGCGAGCAUAUGAUGCUGUCCUUACCAUCACUGCCUCCUCUGAACAUGGAAACUUUUAUGAAACCUUUGAGUAUGCAAAAGCCAGACACAAGGUUCCACAAGAUAUUGACCCUAAAGAGGUGUCUCCUCUGUUUGCCACAAUAUACAAUUCAAUCUACUUGCUUGGAGCUGCAGUCGACAGCUCAUACCGAGCUACACAACGAGUGACAUUAUCUUCCACCACACGUCAUGCAAAAAACAUCCAGUUGGAAGGCUUUGGGUACCCAGUUAACCUCGAUAAUGACGGGGAUUCACAGACCAACUUCGUCAUCCUGGACUCAGAUGGGGAGAGUAAAAGACUUUUCCCCGUGUAUACUUUCCAGUCGGCCACGGGGGAUCUCACUUUUCUCCGGGAUAUACAUUUCCCUUAUUCGUAUCGAAUUGGAACUGACUCUGACUGCUGGUUUGACCGGAGUACCAUCUGUACUGGAGGGGUGGAUCCUGCCUAUGUAUUCCUGAUCUUCAUCCUUCUCUUCAGCUUUAUACUCAUUGGAGGAUCUUUUGCGUGGUAUAUCAGGCGUCGCAUUUACUAUACAAAACUUGCAAAGGGGCCCAAUAAAAUAUUCCUUACCAUGGAGGACCUGACAUUUAUUCAUUCUCAUAGCAGAAAGAAACUGGUGGAAGAGAGCAGGUCAAGCCUGUUGGGGAGGAGCGUCAGUGACAUGCGGACACCUCGGCAUUCGUUAUCAGGAAAGAGUAUGGCAGCUCCCACGCCGCACAACACAAACAUUGGGGUUUUUGAGGGGGACUGGGUUUGGCUGAAAAAAUUCCCUGGUGAGAAACACGGAGACCUCCGUCCAGCUACAAAAAAUGUCUUCUGCAAACUCCGUGCGCUCCGAAAUGAGAAUGUAAACCUGUAUCUUGGACUCUUUGAUGACAUUGGCGUAAUAGGUGUGGUGUCAGAACACUGCUCUCGGGGCAGCCUGGAGGACCUCAUCCAGAACCAGGACAUGAAGUUAGACUGGAUGUUCAAAUCUUCUCUUCUGCUUGAUCUCAUCAAGGGUCUGAAAUUCCUCCAUCAUCGCGAGCUUACUCAUGGCCACCUUAAGUCACGCAACUGUGUUGUAGAUGGAAGAUUUGUCCUUAAAGUAACUGAUUUUGGCAUGAACGAGCUCUAUGAUGCUCAAAGACUGCCCUCAAUUCAACUCCAGCCUGAGGACCUGUUCUGGACAGCCCCUGAACUCCUCCGAGAUGCUACACUCUGCCGAAGAGGUACCUACAGAGGCGAUAUCUACAGUUGUGCCAUAAUAAUGCAAGAAGUUGUUGUACGGGGGCCUCCAUACUGUAUGCUGGAAGCCACAGCUGAUGAAAUAAUACGGAAAGUUUUACGUCCACCACCUCUGUGUCGCCCAUCAGUCUCUCUGGACCAGGCCCCACCUGAAUGUAUCCAGCUAAUGAAGCUCUGUUGGAGUGAGCAGCCUGAAAGAAGGCCCACAAUAGAUCAAAUAUUUGACCAGUUUAAAAAUAUAAACCGUGGCCGCAAGACAAAUAUUAUUGAUUCAAUGCUCAGGAUGCUGGAGCAGUAUUCCAGUAACCUUGAAGACCUUAUUCGAGAGAGGACAGAGGAACUGGAGGUGGAAAAGCAAAAAACAGAUAAACUCCUUACACAGAUGCUCCCACCGUCAGUAGCAGAAUCUCUAAAGACAGGCACACCAGUGGAGCCAGAACAUUUUGAUGAAGUCACCAUAUAUUUCAGUGAUAUUGUUGGGUUCACCACCAUCUCCUCUCUCAGUGACCCCAUUGAAGUUGUUGACCUCCUCAAUGACCUGUAUACACUUUUUGAUGCAAUUAUUGGUUCCCAUGAUGUCUACAAGGUGGAAACUAUUGGUGAUGCUUACAUGGUGGCCUCUGGUCUUCCAAAAACAAAUGGUAAUCGUCAUGCAGCAGAGAUUGCCAACAUGUCCUUGGAUAUUCUCAGUUCAGUGGGAUCCUUCAAGAUGAGGCAUAUGCCUGAUGUUCCAGUCCGGAUUCGGAUUGGACUACAUUCUGGUCCAUGUGUUGCUGGCGUGGUUGGACUCACAAUGCCUCGAUACUGCCUCUUUGGCGACACUGUAAACACAGCUUCACGUAUGGAAUCCACAGGACUUCCAUAUCGAGUUCAUGUAAAUCUUAGUACAGUGACGAUUUUACACUCUUUGAAAGAGGGAUACCGGUUUGACGUCAGGGGCAAGACUGAGCUCAAGGGUAAAGGUAUAGAAGACACUUACUGGCUUGUAGGAAAGGAAGGAUUUACUAAACCUCUCCCAACACCACCCGAUGUUCUUCCAGGGGGCAGUAACCAUGGUAUCAGCUUGGAAGAGAUACCAACGGAAAGGCGAAAGAGACUUGACAAGGGAAAGAAAGCUGACCAGAAAAAAAACAAAUGAAGUGAUUGAGCCUCCUUCAACUUCUAAAGAUCUAGAGCUCUGGAGAAGGAACCAGACACAGGACUCAAUACAGUUUGGGACAAAGGGAAAAGGAAAUGUAGAAAGUUAAUCGUUGGACAUUGAACGUACCUCUUGUUUAGGUAGUUUCAGCCAGAACAUUGCCACUCCCCCCCCCUUAAAACGAAUUUCUUAUAUAUGACGUUCUUGUAGCUCGAGUACAACAGAAGACAUUAUUCCACGUGUGGGUUAGAGGCCACACUGGGAACCUCUGCUUACCACCAAUGUCAAGAUCUUUCACUUAGAACUUUUUAUUGUUACUGAACAGUCUUCUUAAAGUCAUGCUGAGGGAAAAGAAGACAAACUGUAUUAUGGGAUCUCCUCUCACUUAACCUCCUAUUUAGCUUAUUCAUUUGCUGGGGUUGUCUAACAAGUGGACGGAUGUCUUACUAAUGAAUGUCCCUUUCUCAUGGAUCCUGACUCACUGAAUGAAAGGAUGUGUUAGAGAAAACUACUGGUGGCAUGUUUGGCAAAUGGGAUCUUGGAAAGACGAUCUUCACAAAAUUUACUGAUGGAUGGGGGAAUUCAAUUUUCUUUUUUUUUGUGUUAAUUGGGGGUCAUAAAAUCAGAAUUUGGCCAAUAAUCACUGUAUUCUCAGCACGUUUGCUUAAGCUGGCCACCAUGAGGAAAGACUAUGGACUCCAGUGGUACAUGGAGCCAAACACUAAAACCAUAAAUCCAUCAUAUAAAAGCUCAGCAGGAUUUUAAAGUAUCCAGAGGAAUUGCUUAGAGGACCAUUACUGAUGUGGCAGUUGCAUAUUCUAUAAACAACCUCCUUUGUCAUUUAGGAUUCAAUAUGUCUGUUAGAUAUCAAUAGUAAGUCUCUAGGAUGUCAUCAUUCAAUUUUUAUUGACGGGGAAAAAAAGAAAUGUUGGUCCUGUGUAUAAAAAGGUUGGGAUUAGUUUCUUGUGAAUAUACUACUGUAAAUAAAAGUGACAGACUAUUCAGAUUAA